GACACUCACACAGAGCCGGGGGUUUGGAUGAGAAACAGUGGGCAUGGAUUUGUCCUGAGUGGAGCUUUUCUUGCCUUUUCUCCCCUAUGAGCUGCUGCUGCUGCUGGAUGAUAUUAGCCCUCCCCCCACUGCACUUGUUGCGCAAACACUGGAUGCGUUGAGUCCUUGGAGAAGAGAGGAGAGGACGCACUGCAACAGGUGCACAAGAGUCUCCUCCUGAAAGGCACAAGACAGGAGAGAACUUUAAAUGCCGAUUUGAAGAUCUUCUGGUCACCGUGCGUAAAAAAGACAGGAUGCCGGUUCUGACGAGCCCCGAUAUCGCCAACAAGUUCCAGGAGAGAUGGCUGGCGGUGUUCCCGGAGGAUCAGGUCACCGGGUCGGACUCUCUCCCAAUGGAUGACAGCCUCACCAGCCUGCACUGGCUGCAGAAUUUCUCCAUCCUCAACGCGGACCCGGAGCGACCCAACGGAGCCGGACCGGGCUGCCCGUCCUCGGACCUGUUCCUCAAGCGGUUCCCCAGAGGAGGCACCGACUCUCCGUCCAGCCCACCAGCCGGGGACACCGCCGCCACCGGGAUGCCUCUGUACCUCGGCAGCCCCGUGACCUCCGGCAGCGACUCGGGACCGCGCUUCAUCGACUGCGCACAUCCAGGACACAGUUACGCGCAGAUCCCCAUCCAGGCCAGCCCGCCUGCGGAGGUCGACUACAAAACCAACCCUAAAGUCAAACCUCCAUAUUCCUACGCAUCUCUCAUCUGCAUGGCCAUGCAGGCCAGCAAACAGCCCAAAGUGACUCUGUCCACCAUCUAUAACUGGAUCACGGAGAAUUUCUGCUACUACAGACAUGCAGAGCCCAGCUGGCAGAACUCCAUCCGGCACAACCUGUCCCUCAACAAGUGUUUCAAGAAGGUCCCGAGACAGAAAGACGAGCCGGGGAAAGGAGGCUUCUGGCAGAUCGACCCUCAGUACGCAGACAUGUUCGUCAACGGCAUCUUCAAACGCAGGAGGAUGUCUGCUAACAGCUACAACAGCAACAGCGGCUCCCACAGACAGAGCAAACUGAGUUAUCACAGCGUCCAGAACGCCUGCCCUUACCAAGCCGGCAAACGGAAGCACGUGCCGUCGAAGAGCAACAAGGCGAUGAGGGCGACGGAGUCUCCUCUUUUAGCGACGGACGCUCACAAAGCGGACAUCCUGCGGGGAGACUUCGACCUGGCGUCCGUGUUCGACGACGUCCUCGGCGGGAACUGUAGCACCUUCGAGGAUUUGGACAUCAACACGGCUCUGAGCUCCUUGGGUUGCGAAUUGGAGGUUUCCCUGCAGGGGAGGCAGCAUCCGGCGGGGAUCGGGAGGUGGUGCAACGGAGGGGACAUCAUAGGGAACCAGCACCUGAACCACCACCAAUCCUACGGAUACUUGGAUAUGAGCGGUGCAUCCCUGGACUGCAGUAUCGGGGAUCUCCACGUGCCGCAGCAGCAGCAUCUGGACCAGGAUCAGCUGAUGCAUCACCAACACCACCACCUGCAGCAGUUCGACGAGACCUCCACGCUGUUCCCGGAGGAGGUGGUUCCCUGGGAGAACAUUAAAGAAGAGGAGCAGGCGAUUCCUCUGACUCUGGAUCAGGGCUUUGGGCUGUGCGAGGGCUUCUUCACGGAGAUGCAGCCAUGGGAGCGAGUGGAGGCCUAUCUGUGACCUCUGACCCCCAAACUUCAUUGACUCUUAAUGAUCUACAUCCAAUGAGCUGAACAUGUCUGAUUACCGGUCGAAACAGCUAAAAGGAUAAGAACUACGGCUCAAUCAUUCUGCAAUACAUCUGUUAUUUGUUUCUAAAAUGUACUAAGAAACCUGAUAUUUCCAAACCUAUCUUGAACAUUAAUAAUUAAACUAGUUAACGAGUUAAUCCAAAACCCUUAACACAAGAUAUUGAUCUAACUCGAGCUGCAACGAUUAGACGAUGCAUAGAAAGAUAAUCAUAAUAAUAAUUUUUGGACAAUUGAUUAAUCGUUCAAGCCCUUUUUGAUGCAAAAAGUGCAGAAAAUGCUGUUUUAUCCUCUCAAAUUUUGAGAUUCCCUGCUUUUUUUUCUUAAUAAUAUUGCAUUAAAGUCAAUAUCUUUGAGUAUUUGACUGAGAGAACAAGACUUUUGAAGAUAUCACCUUGGACUUUGAGAUAACUGGGAUGGAUCAAACGAAUAAAUAACUAAUCAACAGAUUUAUCAAUAAUGAAAAUGAUCCGUAGUUGCCGCCCUAGAUUUGACUUUUACGCAACAUGAUUAAGGAUUAUUUCCCCGGCAUAGACUCAUCUCUCCCAGAGGGUGUCAGGUGAUUGACAGCAGAGCGUAACAUGACACCACACUGAUAGAUCAGGCACAAUGAGAGGACAAAACAACAGAGAAACUUUCAUGUGGACUGCGAAGGAUUGCCGAUCCCACUCUUUUGGAUGAAUGGAAGCAAUUUUGACUGCAUCAACUCGGAUUUUCUGGAACUAUAAUGUCCUAAAUGUCGGGCAGAUGGUGAUGAAAGCAUGUGUGGAAAUGAGUGCUGAACUGCAGCCAUUUGUCACUUUGGGUUUCAUGGUGAUAUCACGACAGGAUCAAAGUGAAGAAAACCCGACCCUCCUUUAAAGCACUCUUCACGAGCGAGCACUACGGGACUGAGGAAUCGUGCAGACUCUACUUUUGCUACAUUAGCAUUUAAGAUUUUUUUUACUAACAUGCAGCGAAAUCAGCCAUUCAUCGUUCAUCAGAUCAGGAUGGAGACUUUAAACUCUGAGAUUAGUCAUUUAUGACCUUGUUGUAUAGUCCAUUUAAUAUAUAUUCACUAAAGUUUAUCGCGUUAAGCUAGGCAGGAAUAUUUGCCAUUUGACCUGAAAAUUAAACGCCUUCUUGUCAUGAAGAUCGAACAUUAUGCACUUUGAUAGGCAGCAGUUUUUAGGAAAGCAAAGACCGCUUUUAUUUCCAGGUUUAGUUUUAUUUUUCAUUAAAACGUUUCCUAAAAGUUUACUGACCAUAAUGAAAGUGAUGCCUUUGCUGUAAUUAUCCAGAUCAGUUUGUCUUUAAACAAUGAACUCAACGCUGCAAUAAGUCAAAUGGGCAUUUUUUAUUUCCUGCUUAUAUAUAUAUACUGUUUUUCUUUCCAAAUAUUUACAAAACUAGGCAUUUGUUGAUUAUAUUUCGCCAAAUUUGUUGAUAAGGAAUAUGCAGUUUAUUGGUGAUCUGUGUUGUUUCAUAAGAAUCUGUUCUCUGUCACUGGGUGAUGGAUCUGUCCUGAUUUGUUCUGUGUAUGUCUUUUUUUUAUCUCACAAAUCUGAAUUUGAAAUGUGUUUGAGAAUAUAAUAACUCUGUUGGUUCGAGGGGACAAAUGAUGAGCAGACACAUAAACUCUUAAAGGCCAGACUUUCUUAUUGUAUCAUAUUGAUCGGGUUUGAUACGAGCUCUUUAAUUCUACCAUGUUAUUUUCAUUUGUACUUUUUUAAGCUGUUUAAAAAUGCAAUCAUGCCUUGAUGCAAUAAAUGGUGUCAA